AUGGCGAUAGAUUUCAAAGUGGCCGAAGAGAUACAUGAGGCCUACAAUCUUUUCAUCAACAUUCCCGUAGAUGAGCACCUGCUCUGUCCCAGAGUUUCUGAAGACGAUGAAGAGGAUUACGACGAUCUCACCGACCCGGGUGAAGUGGGCAUAGAAGAAAAGCUCAGAAGACUGCAAGCAUUCAGGAAGCGCGUGGGCACUGUCUACCAGACAUCCCUAAUCUUUGGCUUUGAGCAGGAGAAUGCUGCCAAUGAACUCCGAGAAUUCACGAGCCGAACUAACAGCUUCCUGACGACAUGUUCACACUGUGUUAGGACGUGGCAUCGGACUCGAAAAUCGUUUCUGAAACACUUGACCGAAUUAUAUGAAGAAGCCACUGCGGCCGAGAUGGGCCGCAGACUCGACCGGUUCGACGCUGAUCGCAUAACCAUGGGUCUUGAGGGAGCUAGAAAGUUUAUAGAGUCGCACGACGGGGUCGUAGAGCAAAAGACCUUUAUUGAAGAGGAUCGCUCUGACCUUCUUGUUGCUCUUUACGAGGCGCUAUGCUGCAUCGCCUACCUAAAGCUGCCAGAGAACCGGGUGCAUUUCAACUAUGUCUUUACGGCUGUUCAACAAAAGCGAACCCUCAAGCUCGCCGAGGUUCUGCCUACAAUGACUCGCUUCCUCUUCGACGAAGACAAGAUUCGCCUCGCUUUUGCGCGGCUUUCUUGGGAGAAGACGAGCAGCAUUUCUGCCAGCGAUUUUGACUGGGCUGUCAAGGAGAGUCUCGAGGACGCCAUGAUGAAGCUCAAUGCCCCAGGCGUCCCAAUCAGUCAAAUACAACGCUUCUGGGAAGGCGUCGCCAUGAUACUGGGGACUCUUUCGACAGAUGAAUUUGUGACUGCACUGGGCACCUUGUCGGUUCAGCCGAGCAUUUAUCAGAUCAUGCUCAACCACAUGGGCAUAGAUUCUGAGCCAACACUGGUGGCUAUUCUCAGAGUAUUCAACAUUGUUCUCCAAAAGGGUCCGAAGGGUCUUUGGGGUGCCUUUGGAACAUACUCUCCAGUGUCCGUCGCUGAACCCGUGUUUGCAAGCCCAGCCUUUAAACGACUACUGGCACAGACACGGGAAUACUCCAUAUCGAUACGGGAGGACAAGUAUCUUAAAGGUCCUGUCGCUGUCGCCUGGGUGAAACCCUUCAUCGAGUCCAUUCGCCCACCCCAGAGGAGUGAUGCUUGUGAUUCCUUCUCACAGCAUCUUUUCGACGGUAUCUCCGAAGACGCUAGCAUUCCUCUGGAAGGCAAGCUUGCCUGUUUCCGCGGACUGGGUGAGGCCCUCUUGACAACACUCGAGUCAUUCCUAGACCCAUCGUACAACUUGACAUCUGGACAGCCAUCCUUCUUCACGAAUCGUGUCAUCAACCUCACAUUGAAGCACAGGGGCAUGCUUAUCGUCAUGGUCAAGAUGGACCGCCAGGAUCCGACCGUGUCGCGUAUUGCCCAAUCCAUCAUCGCUGCAGUAUUGCGACUCGACUCUUGCGUCACAGCUGCAGAGUACAUUGGCCAUAUCGAGAAAGGGGCAGUACAACGCGAGGUGGUCAAAAAGUCACCGGAACUUUGGGAGGCAUUCUUGGAUUUAUUGGUUCCUGGCGCAACAGAGCUUGCAAAGGCCAUGCUGCUAGGAAUUCUCCCACUCGUGUCUGUCGAGAGGCUUCGUCCACUGAAGAAGGAGCGCCUACCGCAGGCCAAAGAAGAAUUCAAUGCUACGUUUGAGAAGAUUGCCACCUCCAUCGGCCGAGUUUUCGAAAAGCUUGAAGAACAAUAUAGCUUGGCGGAUCUGAAUCAAUUGCUGGACACUGAAAUGAUGGAGGCUGUGGUCGCUGCUUUGCUACACGGCCAACCUGCGAUCAAUCAAGGUGGUCUGAGCCUGAUCAAGAGUGUAACCAACGAAACAAGUCGUGGUGAUGCCAUGAUGGAACUUACAAAGGGACACUUCUCGACUUUAUUGACCUCCUUCACCAAAGUACUUCAAGAUCAAGUGCCAGUCAAAGGGGACAAUCAAAUGAAGCACAAACUAUGGUCACCGCAGCAGCAAAUCCUUCGUUAUUCAAAGGAUCUUCUUGACGCAUUGUGCGACCCUCGGGAUGGUCUUCUCCGUUCCAAGGCGCUGAACGUUGUUGAAUGCUCGACGUUGAAAAAGUGGUGGGCAAUGCAAUGGACAGCCAUUGAACGAGCUUUUGACGGGUUGGAAGAUUGGAGCAGGUCCGUCGAGAUGGAAGAGAUGAAGCAGUUUUGCCGCAACACAAUGGAGCUUGCCGAAAAGUUCCUAGAACAAGACGGUCUCAUGGCAUCAGCUCUUGGGUCUUUCUCCGUCCGCGAUAACGGUCUUGAAGGCGCUGCCGAUGAUACAAAGCUUGUCAUGCAGGAAAUUCUGCAGGCACCACGCGAGAAAUGUAUGGGAUUGACGAAAAUGCUGCGCUUAAAGGACCAGUGGCUUAUCCAGAUUACCGUCAAUGUCCUGAGUAAAGUCUUACGUCGGCUCUUGGAGUACGACCUCGAAGUUCCAACCGAAGUUGUCAACUACAUCCAGCGAACUUGCGUUAAGAAUGCAAAUGGAAAAUAUGACGUUGCAACAAACCUUAACAAUCAACAACGGGCGGAACUAUUGCGCACGCUGGGCGAGGAUGAAGAUGAAGUUGAGAUCUUGGAGGUUCGAUCUACUGAUUUGCCCAAGAAACAAUCAAAGCUGGACGAGUGGUCCAAAUCUGGAGACUCGACUUCGCGAUCGCAAUCGCCUGCUACCAAGACCAUCAAGGACUACAAGCAUGACUUGACGCCGACUUUCGACAAGAAUCGCAGUAUUAUUGAACAAUUCAAAGCAGCACGACAGUCUGCCAAACCAGCCGCAAAGCUGCCUGCGGCCAAGCCUGCCACUCCCAGGCUUGACGCUGCAAAGAUUAAGGAGGCGCGUCAGAAGGAGCAAGAAGCAAAGAAGAAGAGGGAUGCCGAGGCAAUUGCCCGAGCCAAAGCCUUGAGAGCCCCUAAACCACUGGUCGCUGGCGAAGGAUCUGGACUUCAAGGUCUUUCUGGAGUGCAGGGUAAGGAUCAUACACCACGCAGCGAGAUGAUGGUUGAUUCAUCGUCCGAGGACGACAAUGAUUCCGAUGACGAGGCUGCAUUUCUCAAGCAGACACAGGCCAGUAAACUACAGAAGGAUGAUGCAAUGCGCCGUGUGAUGCAAAUCAAAGCACAGCGUGGACCUGUCAAGAAGAUGAAGAUUCAACGCUCUGCAAAGGACAUGAGAGCCCGACUCACGCCGCCUAUGGAUAUUUUGCACCAGGCCCUGCUCGAGUGGGAUAUCUUUCAUGAGGGCAAUGAUCCACCUAAUGGCAUCAGAUGCUCCAGGGUCUCUACAAACUAUGGCAACCCUUCCCAGUACAAAGAGACCUUCCUUCCUCUGCUCAUCUACGAGGCGUGGAGAGCUUUUGUUACGGACAAGAACGAAACCACCUCGAAGCCUUUUACCAUCAAGGUAGCAUCACGGACAUAUGUCGACAAAUUUGUUGACUUGACCGCCACCAUGCCACUGAAGCAAGACUCCAAGGACGACUUUGUUUCCGAAGGCGAUAUCGUUCUUUUGUCGCUGGCAUCACAGCCUCUGCAAAGCCCUGACCAACCGCAUUGUUUGUCCCGAAUCAGUCGUGUGCAAAUCAAACAUGGUGCGAGAGAGAUUUCUUACAGACUUAGUAGCAAGUCGAAAGCUCUCAUUCCGCAGCUAUCUCCAAAAUCCGAAAUAUACGCUGUGAAGAUUACCAACAUGCGAACCAUUGAGAGAGAGUUCGCCUCACUCGAGAGUCUUCAAUAUUACGAUCUUAUGCAAGAGAUCUUGGAGGCUAAGCCUUCCCCCAUGCUCAAGUUCAGCCCGGAAGCUGUAGAGAAAGUGAUGACCAACUAUCAUCUCAACCAGGGUCAAGCCAAAGCUAUCCUGAACGCAAAGGAGAAUGAUGCCUUUACAUUGAUUCAAGGUCCUCCAGGUACAGGCAAGACCAAGACCAUUGUGGCCAUGGUCGGGGCUCUGAUGACUGGCAAUAUCAGCAACAAUACCGGCACAGUCAUCCAAAAACCUGGCCAGAACGGCAACGCACAGGGAACAUCCAAGAAACUUCUUGUUUGCGCUCCGAGUAACGCUGCUGUCGACGAAUUGGUGCUUCGACUGAAACAAGGCGUCAAAUCCAUGACUGGCACAUUCAGUAAGAUCAACGUUCUCCGCUUGGGUCGCUCUGAUGCCAUCAACACUGCCGUGAAGGAUGUCACAUUGGAUGAGCUUGUUCGGCUGCGGCUCGAAGGCGACGCCACCAAGAACAGUGGUCCAACAAACAGGCAGCAAAUGCAUGAAGAGGCCGGUCAGAUCAAGGAAGAGCUCAGCCAGGUGCGCCCUAUGCUAGAUGCUGCGCGGGCGGCUAAUGAUCGUGAACAAGUCAAUACACUUUCGCGAAAGUUUGAGGAGCUCAAACGCCGUCAAGUUGCAAUCGGUAACCGAAUCGAUGCCGACAAGGAUAGUGGCAAUACUGCACAAAGAGAGAGUGAGAUUCGGCGCAGACAAGUCCAGCAAGAAAUUCUUGACUCUGCUCAUGUCCUCUGCUCAACGCUCAGUGGUGCGGGUCACGAAAUGCUCAAGACACUCAAUGUUGAGUUCGAGACGGUCAUCAUUGACGAGGCAGCUCAGUGUGUCGAGUUGAGCGCAUUGAUUCCCUUGAAGUAUGGGUGCUCCAAGUGUAUCUUGGUCGGUGACCCAAAGCAGCUGCCGCCCACUGUGUUAUCGCAGUCUGCCCAACGAUACGGCUACGAUCAGAGUCUGUUUGUUCGCAUGCAACAGAACUCACCCCAGGACGUGCAUCUACUGGACCACCAGUACCGUAUGCAUCCAGAGAUUAGUCAAUUCCCCAGCCAGGAAUUCUAUGAGGGAAAACUUGCCGAUGGUGCAGAUAUGGCUCAGUUGCGCCACCAGCCCUGGCAUCAACGAGGUCUUUUGGGUCCUUAUCGCUUCUUUGACGUCCUGGGUAGCCAAGAACGAGGUCGCAAAGGCCAGUCACUGGUCAACUAUGAAGAGCUCAAAGUUGCCAUGUCUCUGUACUCGCGAUUCAAAGCAGACAACCCAAAUAUCGACGCAAAGGGCAAAAUUGGUGUCAUUACACCGUACAAGGCUCAACUCUAUGAGUUAAAGGAUCGCUUCUCGGCGCGGUUCGGUGCUGGUAUCUUGGACGAGAUUGAGUUCAACACGACAGAUGCCUUCCAGGGUCGCGAGUGCGAGAUCAUCAUCUUCUCCUGCGUCCGUGCAAGCCCAACCGGAGGUAUCGGUUUCAUGACUGAUAUCAGACGUAUGAACGUCGGUCUUACUCGUGCCAAGUCUUCACUCUGGAUUCUUGGAGACUCGCGUGCUUUGGUCCAAGGUGAAUUUUGGAACAAGUUGAUUGAGAAUGCAAAGGCUAGGGAUAGAUACACUACUGGUAAUAUCCUGGCAGAGCUCAGUCAGCCUGGGGCUUUUGUGCCAAAGUCAGUGUACAGCAAUGCUACGCCGAUACAGAUCAUGGCUCCCAAACCGGAACCGCAACCUGCACAGGAAGCAGACAAGGUCGAAGUCGAUGAGCGCGACAUGAUGGGAAUUCCCGUAAGGCCGACGGGCGCCCACAAGAGGCCCACCCAACUUUCUGAGACGUACACGAUUCUGGAACGGUUGCCACCGUCUGGUGGUAAUGCGCCGCCGCCCUCUUAUUCCGGCAUAAACGAACGAGGAGAGCCCGUCACAGGUGCUCAAGUGCCACCUGAACGUCCAGUCAUCCAUUCAUCCAGUGCCCAGAAGCGACAAGCAGAGGAAGCGGCAGAUGGCGCCCAUCCUCCGAAGAAAAAGCCAAGCGCGUUCCUCCCAGGCAAACAAGCACCUACUCGUCCUAGGGUUAUGCCUCCUCCCCGGAGACCGACAGACCCUUCAGCAAUGUCCGUGAUGGGAUCAACUUCGGGCGCUGAAAAAAGCGAGGCACCCCGGCCACCGGCCAAUGCGCCCAAGGGACCCAAACAGACUCGACCCAACCCGAUGCUUCAAAAGAAGAAGACGGAUCCUUUUAUUCAGAAGAAGCCAAGACCACCGCGAUGA